AUGCCCGUGAUCUGUGCCGCGAUCGGCUGCAACAACAAGUUCGUCAAAGGAUCAGAUAUCCGCUUUUACCGGUUUCCGCUCAGUAAGCCGCAGCUGUCUAGUAAAUGGGUGACGAGUCUCGGUCUGAAGAGCUUCGUGCCGACGCCGAACACCUGCUUGUGUUCAGAGCACUUCAGAGCCGACUGCUUCAGGGACUACAACGGGAAACAGUUCCUGAGGGAGGACGCUGUACCCACACUCUACACGCAUGGACUGGGAGGGUCACAGAUUGAACUCCGCAAAAGAGGUCCAGCCUCAAAAGAGGCUCCUGCGGCUCCGAGCAACCAGACUGUGAGGGUCCCUGAUCCCCGCAGGGAGAAGAGAGGGGGGGCACGGGGGCGAGGCGGGCGCAAGCAGGUGGCAGAUAGACAGUCCCUGAACGCCAAGAGCAAAGUGUACGACUCCCAGGGACGCCUCCUGAGCAACGGGAAGGACCUGUGCGACUGCCUGGACGGGGACUGCAUGGGCUGCUUCUUUCCCUGUCCCGACUGCAGCUCGCGGAAGUGCGGCGUGGAGUGUCGCUGCGACCGCAAGUGGCUCCCUCCUCCUGCUCCAGUGCCGCGGUGUGGCAUUGUGCCCCGCGAGUCCUCGUGCACGGCCACACUCGUGCGCGCUGAGUGUUGGCUGUGGAAAUGCUGA